GGGAAACAUUUCCACAUCGCAAAGUUCGCGCAUGCGCGAGCGUGCAUCCUGGAUUAAAUUUCAACGUGUUGGAGGAGACGGAAAAGCCGUCUUUCUCGGCCUCUGGCGCUUUACCGUGAUCAAAGUUUAGCGUGAACAACCAUAAAUAUGAACAAAUUGCGAAGAUCGGUCAGGAUGAGUUGAUGAAAGCUCCAUUGCCCCCUGAACUUGUAGGUGGACUGUAUUUAAUUGAGUAAAUCUCAAGAUUCUGAAUCUAAGGAGAAAUAAAGAAAGUGCAGCUGUGAAGCGAACACAUCAGGGACAUCGUUUACCCUGGCCCAGUGGAUAUAUUUUUAGCCAGACUCAUCUAGUAUUAGACUGCAGACUAGCGGUAUCGCAUUCCAUGCCAUCACCAUGGUGUUGUCACAGAGACAGAGAGAGGAACUAAAUAAAGCUAUUGCAGAUUACCUGCGAUCCAAUGGCUAUGAGAAUGCCCUGCAUGAGUUUCAGAAGGAGGCAGAUAUGCCUGGCGACGUGGAGAGAAAGUACAACGGCCUCCUGGAGAAGAAAUGGACGUCGGUCAUCCGGCUACAGAAGAAGGUCAUGGACCUAGAAUGCAAACUGAACGAGACGGAGAAGGAGUAUACCAUGGGCGGACCGACCAAUCAGAAACGCUCGCCGACGGAGUGGAUACCGAGGCCGCCCGAGCGCUACUCGCUGACCGGCCACCGCUCCACCAUCACCAGGGUCCUAUUCCACCCAGUCUUCAGCGUCAUGGCAACCUCCUCUGAGGAUGCCACGAUAAAGGUUUGGGACUACGAGACGGGAGAUUUUGAACGCACACUGAAAGGUCACACGGAUAUCGUGCAGGAUAUAUGCUUUGACCACACAGGCAAGAUAUUAGCCUCAUGCUCGGCCGACAUGACGGUCAAACUCUGGGAUUUCCAGGCCUUUGAGUGCAUCAAGACGAUGCAUGGCCACGACCACAACAUCUCCUCCGUUAGCUUCAUGCCCACCGGCGACUUUGUGGUGUCUUGCUCCCGGGACAAGACCAUCAAGAUGUGGGAGGUGGCUACAGGCUACUGUGUGAAGACUUUUGUUGGUCACAGGGAGUGGGUGAGAAUGGUCAAAGUGAACUACGAUGGCUCCCUGUUGGCUAGUGCUUCCAAUGACCAGACUGUGCGAGUCUGGGUGGUGGCCACCAAGGAAUGCAAGUUGGAGCUGAGGGAGCAUGACCACGUGGUAGAAUGCGUCAGCUGGGCUCCUGAGUGCGCUCAUCCCACCAUCAACGAAGCCAUUGGUGCAGAGCUAACCGUGUCUAACAAUAUUGACGGCAAGCAGACUAAGAAGAAUCAACGCUCGGGUCCAUUCCUGGUGUCGGGAUCACGAGACAAGAGCAUCAAAAUCUGGGAUGUCAGUGCUAGUGUGUGCAUCAUUACCCUGACUGGACAUGACAACUGGGUCCGAGGUGUACUCUUCCAUCCAGGCGGCAAGUACAUCCUGAGUGCGUCUGACGAUAAGACCAUCAGGGUCUGGGACUACAAGAACAGGCGCUGUCAGAAGACCCUCAAUUGCCACACUCACUUCGUCACCUCACUCGAUUUCCACAAGUCUGCCCCGUUCGUCAUCAGCGGUAGCGUGGAUCUUUCUGUCAAAGUAUGGGAAUGCCGUUAAUGACACACACAGGCAAUUUCCUGGAUAUAUAUAUUAUAGGCGUCUAUCUCUACUAUCAAUCUGUAACCUUGGAAGCACAGCAAGAAGGGUAAAAAAAUGACUUAAAGAAUCUCUUAAUACUUGCAGGCAUGCUUAUACUGUGGGCUUAUCUCCUGUCUGGUUAAGAAAUGGUAUCAGUACUUGCAAUGCAUUGUGGGCCAGCGGUGGCCGUGUCGGACUUGUGCACAGUCACGUGGGAUCUUCCACGUAUGGGUUUAAACUCUGUCGAUUUUUGACAGCAGAUUACUUUUGAAGUUUUUGCCUUUUAGCGGGACUCGAACCAGUAACCAAUUAUGUCUCGCGCAACUGCACAGUCUAGCCAUCAAAUACUGCAACUCUAUGAGCUGUAGAAAGUACUUGGUUGCCCAAGUAGCCUGGUUGCCCAAAUGGGGAUUCCAGUUCAUUAUGCAGUAGGAAUUCCUAUUUGGGUUCCACGCUGCACCGGGGCACAAUGUUGCAUCUCUUUUUUUGUAUGUACGUCAAGCAGUCAUCGUCAUUGGUCAAAGCCAAGUCAGCCCGGCUGCCCACGGUGCUGAUGCCAUUCCUAAUCGGGCCGCAAGCCUCAUCUGGGCAUAUUGCCUUACGUGGAUAGUCUACUGUCCAGACUGUAUGUUUAAAUGCUUAAUUGACAACAGUGUUGCAACACACAGUAGUAUCUUAAGCUCUAAAAUUGUCAGAUGUAAAAAAAAAAAAAAGACUUGUGUAUUUAACUACGCCAAACUGGCUCGCUAGCGGUCAGAAUAAUGUGAAAAUUUAGGAGUAUAACCAAUGUGCUUUAAAAAACUGUAAACCUUUACAAGUGGGAAUUUUUUUUUUCUGCUACAUUAGCUAACGAAAUGCUCCUCUGUUGAAGCAUUUGCCUCGUAAAAAACAUCCAGUUGGUUAGAAUUUAAUAUUGCUCAGAUUUCAUUACCCAAAUUUCACUGUAGAGCUUUCUGACUCGCUGCUACCGGUAUACACAUUUCAGUCAUGUGCAGUUUUUUUAAAAACAAAAAUUAAAAACAUUCAUUGAUCAAAACAUUUUAACCAACUUUUUGUUUGAAUCAACGUGUGGAGAGUUUACGACUUCCUUCCAUCAAAAAUUGCAACUUAAAAAUACAUCUAUUGUAAAAAUAUUUUCUCCGUGUAAUGUAAAGCUAAAGUCUUGAAACACUUUUUUUUUAUUUCUCUUUUUUGGGUUCCAGUGAGUGUAUACUAUCAUUAUGCAAAAAAGGGUCAGGGGUCAGGGGGCGGAGUCAAGUAUUUAUCUAAUAUCUAUAUACAAAUGUACAUUCGGCUAUGUGUUUGUAUGACAACUGCAGAUGUAUUUUGAUCAAUGUAAUAUGCUAUAGGACUUUUUCCUCUUUUUUUUUAAAGCGUAACUUUUUACAAGAAAAAAAAAGAGAGCAAUUUGACAAUGUUCGUAAGCUCAUUUCGCCAAAACCUCAUCAUUAUAGACAAAUUCUUCAAUCUGCAUCAUCCUAGGGAAAAAACUACAGGUUUAUGUAACGUAAUGGCGUAGUUACACAAAGCAAUUUUUACGUGCAACUUGGAGGCAACCAAAUACAAUGUUAGCAAAAAGAACCGAAGGACGAGCAAAGUAUGUAUUUCCAACAGUUUAUGGAAAUUCUUGAGAACAUUACAGCAAAUUAAAAUGUACUUGUCCUCAUUGUACUCAUGCUAACAGAAGUAGACUUUCAGAAAAAUAUUACAUUCUACAGAAAAUUUACAAAAAAAAGUAAAGAA